UGCCUCACGUGGUGGCUGCGGCAUCAGAUGGGUAUCUCCGAUCAUGGACGAACCACCCUGUGAUGUGCGUGCAUUCCUGCGCCAGCACCCCAGCUUGAGACUGCUGCCCAACACCCACAAGGUUCGCUGCUCCCUAACUGGCCAUGAGCUGCCCUGUCGUCUGCCGGAGCUCCAGGUCUACACCCGCGGCAAGAAGUACCAGCGGCUGUCAAGUGCCUUCUCUGACUUCGAUUACACAGCAUUCGAGCCCCACAUUGUGCCCAGCACAAAGAAUCGGCACCAACUGUUUUGCAAACUCACCCUGAGGCACAUCAACAAGUCCCCAGAACAUGUGCUGAGGCACACCCAGGGCCGGAAGUAUCAGAGAGCACUUCAUCAAUAUGAAGAGUGUCAGAAACAAGGUGUGGAGUAUGUCCCUGCCUGCCUUCUACACAAGAAGAAGUGGGAGGACCAGAUGGACAGUGAUGAACUCCCAGGCCAGAGAACAGGUUUCUGGGAGCCAGCUUCCAGUGAUGAGGGAGGCGCCCUGAGUGAUGACAGCAUGACAGACCUAUACCCACCUGAGCUGUUCACAAAGAGAGAACUGGGCAACCUUGAGAACAAUGAAACUCCUGAAGACUUUCUGACAGACAAACAGGAUGAGAAGCCAAAGCAUUCAGAAGAGCAGAGGACUAGAGAGAGAGGAGAGGCCAAAGUGGGCCAUAAGAGGGAACGACUCAGGAAGAAGCAGCUCACCUCGUUGACCAAGAAGUUCAAGAGGCAGCAUCACAAGCCCAAGAAUUUCAGUUCCUUUAAGCAGCUGGGGAGAUGAAACCUGCAAAGAAAGCCUUUGGGUGUCCUUGGAACUGGCCACCAGUGUCCUGACAUUGGCUGUUGUCCAGAGUGCGAUGGAGGUUCUGUCCAGAAGAUGGCAGCAGCAGGGACUUGAAGAUUCCUCUCCAUGCAUGGCUUUCUCUGUAGUGUUCAGUGACCCUUGCUGUAGCUCACUAUAGCAUCCUGAGCCUAGCCCGGUUCCUGAGCCUGGCUGGUCACCACAUAGGAUCACACUAUAUACCACAAAUGCCAUUAUUUAUUUUGAUGUUUCCAAAGAUCAAAACAUUUUCAAACACAACUAAGAUAUAAAAUACAGCAUAAAAAUGAGGUUUAUACCUAUUCCCACAUAAAGCUAAAGCAUUUUCAGACAACUUU